GCCUGAGCGCUGCAGGAACACAGACCCCCGUCUUACAAGGUCCCAUGUCUCAACCCCAGAAAUGGAGAAAGUUUGCCCCACCAAGUGCCAGGGUUAGAAGAAACUGCAGCUGAUUUGUUAGAGGUGGGGGCUUCUGAGUGCGGGUAGGGGCCCAGCUGAGGCCAGAGCUGGAGGGACAACGCUGCAGAGUUUGGCUCAUCCCCAGGUCUGCAGGCCAGAGGGGCAGCUUUCCAGGAGCUCAGGCCAGAGGCAGGCCCCAAGCUGGGCACUGUUCCCAAAACCCCAUCCCAGAGGCCCCCGGAUCAUGGGCUGCUGCCCACAGCCUGGCCCCUUCCCCAUCACCACUCUCCCCUCCCUCUAGGACUCUGAGUGGCUACAUUGCUGGCAGCAGAAGCUGGAGAGCUGGGGAGAAGAGGGGACGGCUUUGGCUUGUUCUCCCUCACUUGGGAAGGGGGCUCAGGCAGGGCAGGAUGUGGUGGGGCUGUGGGCUGCAGAGGAGGCAAGGCUGGAGGGGGGAGCAGGAGCAAAGUAGAGAGGACUGAGUGGUGGGGAGCACACUUCCUAGAGGCUGGGAGCACCGCCCUCCAGGAAGCCCAGGCCCCCUCAUGUCCACAGACCUUGGACUAAGGCCUGGGCCUCACCAUGGGUGCACUGAGGGCAGCCAGCUUUUUCAAGGGCUCCCAGGCUGCAGCCAGGCCCGGAUGAGGACAGAGGGGCUGCCACUGACUUUUCUUCUCAGACUAGCAAUGCCCAGAGAAAAGGCUCCUGGACUUCAUUUUGUCCUCACCCUGUCCCCAGGCAGGGCAAUGAUGAAUCCAGAACUUAGAAGUGAGAAAGACUGAGACAAGAUGUGAGGAGUCCCUCUAGCCCUAAUUUAUGGAAACCCAUUAUCUUCGAGCUGCUAAGAGUCCAGUUCCUGGAGGAAGGCCCAUGAGCGUCAGAGGCGGGCUGCCAGCCCAGCUACCUGCCCGGCAGGAGCCCACGCAAGGCUGUGCCCCCUCCUUCAUUGAUAAAAUCACAGCAAGCUGCUGAACCUUCACCCGGCCCUGCAAACAGGCUAAAAAAAGCCCCGGCAGCUGAGCCCUGCUGAUUGGGAUCUGCCGGAAGAGGCUGCGGGGAAGAGAGAGGCAGUGACGUGGGGGAGCGGAGGGGGAGCGUGGAAGACAGAGCCGCCUUUCUUCCAGGGACACAGCUGCUGAGGGGCCGCUCGAGCACUUGGGCUCGGUUGCCCGAGCUCCUGCCGGGGGCCAGGAGAGCACCAGGGACCUGUAAUGUCUCCAGGUGUGCCUGUGCCAAGAUGAGGUCACGGAUGAUUACAUCGGAGAUAACACCACAGUGGACUACACCUUGUACGAGUCUUUGUGCUUCAAGAAGGAUGUGCGGAACUUUAAGGCCUGGUUCCUCCCAGUCAUGUAUUCAGUCAUUUGCUUCGUGGGCUUGCUGGGCAAUGGGCUGGUCGUGUUGACCUACAUCUAUUUCAAGAGGCUAAAGACCAUGACUGACACCUACCUGCUCAACCUGGCCGUGGCAGACAUCCUCUUCCUCUUGACCCUUCCCUUCUGGGCCUACAGUGCGGCCAAGUCCUGGGUCUUUGGUGUCUACUUUUGCAAACUCAUCUUUGGCAUCUACAAGAUGAGCUUCUUCAGCGGCAUGCUGCUGCUCCUGUGCAUCAGCAUCGACCGCUACGUGGCCAUCGUCCAGGCGGUCUCGGCUCACCGCCACCGCGCCCGCGUCCUCCUCAUCAGCAAGCUGUCCUGCGUGGGCAUCUGGAUGCUGGCCAUGCUGCUGUCCACCCCUGAGCUGCUGUACAGCGGCAUCCAGAGGAGCAACAGCGAGCAGACGUUGCGAUGCUCUCUCAUCAGCGAGCACGUGGAGGCCUUUAUCACCAUCCAGGUGGCCCAGAUGGUCAUAGGCUUUCUGGUCCCCCUGCUGGCCAUGAGCUUCUGCUACCUUGUCAUCAUCCUCACCCUGCUCCAGGCGCGCAACUUUGAGCGCAACAAGGCCAUCAAGGUGAUCAUCGCCGUGGUCGUGGUCUUCAUAGUCUUCCAGCUGCCCUACAAUGGCGUGGUCCUGGCCCAGACGGUGGCCAGCUUCAACAUCACCAGCAGCAACUGUGAGGUCAGCAAGCAGCUGGACAUCGCCUACGACGUCACCUACAGCUUGGCCUGUGUCCGCUGCUGCGUCAACCCUUUCCUCUACGCCUUCAUCGGCGUCAAGUUCCGCAACGACCUCUUCAAGCUGUUCAAGGACUUGGGCUGCCUCAGCCAGGAGCGGCUCCGGCAGUGGUCUUCCUGCCGGCACAGCCGGCGUUCCUCCAUGAGUGGGGAGGCCGAGACCACCACCACCUUCUCCCCAUAGGCAGCGCUCCUGUCUGGACUAGAGGGACCUCUCCCAGAGCCCCUGGGGUGGGAACAGAGAGCAGAUGCAAUGACUCAGGACCCCCUCCAAGAAAAAGCUACUGGGGGAAAAGCAGCUCUGACCUCAGAGUGGAAACCUGUGCCCCAGAAGACAGCUGAACCCCAACCCUAGCUACCUCAACUAAGGGCGAAAAGAAACAUGGCUGAUAAGCUAACACCAGAACCUGCAACACCCCAAAACCGAGGCUGUGGUCCCCGAAACCAAAAACCAAAAGUGAAAGUCAAGAAACCAUUCACACCUGCUGGAGUGAAGGGGACGAGACGGGUGAGUGCUCGGUUAGGAAGAGGCCUGGCGAGUCCUCCGAAUGGAGUUUCUUCCAACCUAGAAAGAAGUGACCCCAGAGACUCACGAGCUCAGGCCGGGUCUUCAGAAAACCAGGCUUGGUCUCCCAGACCAGAGAUGGUGGGGAGACGUCUUGGCUUGGUGAGGAAAGGGGGACAUCUGCCCGUCAGACUGACUCUAUCUGACCCCCUCCCUCUGUCUCUGUCCGCUGUCCCACCUCAGGCCUCCCUGGGAGCACACUGGGCCCUCGCAGGCCGGUCGCCCUCCCAGGCUCUUGACAGGGCAGGGUGUGGUGUUUCCUGCGGGCCGGGCGGCUGCCUCAGCCUGACCAAAGCCACGUUCCCAGCCAGGCCUCUGGAGUGGAGAUGACAUGCAGUCGGCUCUCAGCUCCGCUAGGAUGGGAGGAGGGGAGAGGGAGAAAGGUUGGGGACAGGGAGGGUGAAAAUGCUGGCUGCCCACGGCCAACGAGCUUCUUCUUCCUUCUUUGUCACAGGGACAGAAAAAUUCUCCUUGUGUUAUGCUUUCAACUCAUUAAGAGACCAACAUUUUACUCACACACAAAUAAAAAUUUUCCCUUGAGGAAAAAACAGCUUUGAAAGAAAGGGAAAAAAAAUCUUUGGUAAAUGGCCA